AUGGGAGCCAAAGUGUCCAGGACCGACUUUGAGUGGUCGCCCACGGAAGAGCCGCACGCGACGCGUAGGAAAGAGAUUUUGGAAAAGCACCCAGAAAUCAAGAAACUUUAUGGUCCAGAUAAGAAUUUUAAAUGGAUUGUUGUAAUUACUACAAUAUUGCAGUUGGGAUCUCUUUAUUUGAUUCAAGAUUUAAAAUGGCCAACUGUUAUGAUUUUGGCUUAUUGUUUUGGAGGUGUUGUAAAUCAUUCAUUGAUGCUUGCUAUUCAUGAAAUUGCCCAUAAUAUGGGAUUUGGACCGAAAUAUCCAAUGUACAAUAAAUUACUGGGUAUGUUUGCUAACUUACCCAUUGGUCUUCCAUUCUCUGUCACUUUUAAAUACUAUCAUCUAGAACAUCAUCGGUACCAAGGAGAUGAGAAACUUGAUACAGACAUACCUACCUACGUUGAAGCAAAAUUAUUUAAUUCAACAUUUGGAAAAUUUGUCUGGGUAUUAUUACAACCAUUUUUCUAUGCUUUAAGACCUAUGUUUGUUUAUCCAAAAAAUCCUACUGCACUUGAAAUCAUAAGUGUUGCUAUUCAGUUAGCGUUUAACUAUUGGGUAUAUUUAUAUUUAGGUACAAAAGUAAUAACAUAUAUGUUAGCUGGUUCAUUGAUGGCGAUGGGUCUUCAUCCAGUAGCAGGGCAUUUUAUUUCUGAGCAUUAUAUGUUUCACAAAGGAUUUGAAACAUACUCAUAUUAUGGUCCAUUAAAUUUUAUAACAUUUAAUGUUGGCUAUCAUAACGAACAUCAUGAUUUUCCAUUUGUUCCUGGUUCUAAACUUCCGCAAGUCAAGAAAAUUGCACCAGAGUUCUAUGAUAAUUUACCUCAACACCAUUCUUGGACAAGUGUGCUGUAUGAUUUUAUCAUGGACCCUAACAUUGGCCCAUAUGCACGAAUAAAGCGUAAACAUAAAGGAUUAAAAUUUUAA